GGGGGGAGCGCGGAGCUAGUCAGAGAGUGAGCGAGAGCAAGAAGGAGGGAGAGGAGGAGAAAGAGAGCGAGGGCGGGCGGGAGGCGGCGGCGGCAGCAGCAGUAAUAGCAGGAGCAGCAACAGAAGGCGUCGGAGCGGGCGUCGGAGCUGCCCGCUGGGGGAGAGAGGGAGGAGAGAGAAAGAGAGCGAGCGAGCAGAGGAGCCCGAGGCGAAAAAGUAACUGUCAAAUGCGCGGCUCCUUUAACCGGAGCGCUCAGUCCGGCUCCGAGAGUCAUGGCGACCGCAGCGUCUAACCACUACAGCCUGCUCACCUCCAGCGCCUCCAUCGUGCACGCCGAGCCGCCGGGCGGCAUGCAGCAGGGCGCGGGGGGCUACCGCGAGGCUCAGAGCCUGGUGCAGGGCGACUACGGCGCGCUGCAGAGCAACGGGCACCCGCUCAGCCACGCUCACCAGUGGAUCACCGCGCUGUCCCACGGCGGCGGCGGCGGGGGCGGUGGCGGCGGCGGCGGGGGCGGGGGCGGCGGCGGGGGCGGCGGCGACGGCUCUCCGUGGUCCACCAGCCCCCUGGGCCAGCCGGACAUCAAGCCUUCGGUGGUGGUACAGCAGGGCGGCCGCGGCGACGAGCUGCACGGGCCAGGCGCCCUGCAGCAGCAGCACCAGCAGCAGCAACAGCAGCAGCAACAGCAGCAGCAGCAGCAACAACAGCAGCAGCAGCAGCAGCGGCCGCCGCAUCUGGUGCACCACGCCGCCAACCACCACCCGGGGCCCGGGGCAUGGCGGAGCGCCGCGGCCGCAGCGCACCUCCCGCCCUCCAUGGGAGCGUCCAACGGCGGCUUGCUCUACUCGCAGCCCAGCUUCACGGUGAACGGCAUGCUGGGCGCCGGCGGACAGCCGGCGGGGCUGCACCACCACGGCCUGCGGGACGCGCACGACGAGCCGCACCACGCCGACCACCACCCUCACCCGCACUCGCACCCGCACCAGCAGCCGCCGCCGCCGCCACCCCCGCAGGGCCCGCCGGGCCACCCCGGCGCGCACCACGACCCGCACUCGGACGAGGACACGCCGACCUCGGAUGACCUGGAGCAGUUCGCCAAGCAGUUCAAGCAGCGCCGGAUCAAACUGGGAUUUACCCAAGCGGACGUGGGGCUGGCGCUGGGCACCCUGUACGGCAACGUGUUCUCGCAGACCACCAUCUGCAGGUUUGAGGCCCUGCAGCUGAGCUUCAAGAACAUGUGCAAGCUGAAGCCUUUGUUGAACAAGUGGUUGGAGGAGGCGGACUCGUCCUCGGGCAGCCCCACGAGCAUAGACAAGAUCGCAGCGCAGGGGCGCAAGAGGAAAAAGCGGACCUCCAUCGAGGUGAGCGUCAAGGGGGCUCUGGAGAGCCAUUUCCUCAAAUGCCCCAAGCCCUCGGCCCAGGAGAUCACCUCCCUCGCGGACAGCUUACAGCUGGAGAAGGAGGUGGUGAGAGUUUGGUUUUGUAACAGGAGACAGAAAGAGAAAAGGAUGACCCCUCCCGGAGGGACUCUGCCGGGCGCCGAGGAUGUGUACGGGGGGAGUAGGGACACGCCACCACACCACGGGGUGCAGACGCCCGUCCAGUGAACUCGAGCGGGGGGAGGGGCAGAGCGCGGGGCUCCCCCUCCCCUACGGUCCACGGCCCUUUCCCGGCCCCCUUGUUCCCUCUCUAACUUCUGAUUGUUCUUUUAUUUUAAUUAUUAUUUCCCCGUCCCUUAAAAAGAAAAAAGUAAUAAUAAGGAAAGCAACUAAGGCACUGGACUAUCCUUUAAACGAUAGCAGGUGUAAUGAUGUGUUUUGACCUUUACAGGCUAGUACCCAGGCAAUGGAGUGGAGUGUCUCAUAGAGAGAGUGAGGAGAGAGUGUGUAAUAGAGAGAGAGAGAGAGAGAAAGAGAGAUGGCAAGCACUGAGUUAAAUACCUGGCAAAACUAAAUAAAUUACCAAAAAGAAAAAAAAAAAAUCCACCAAACCGUGAUAAACACAAACAGCUUCCUGAUGCUCAGAGUUGGCACAUGCUGCUGUGUUGAUUCAAUGUGGAUCCUCAUCAGGAAAGAGGGGAAAAUACACAUGUUCUUUGAUGUAGUCAGAAUUUAACCACAUAAAUUUGCACUGCAGGAAAAUUGAAGUUUACAUGAACAAAUUCAUGAACGUAUCUUUCUUUUCAAUUUUGAAAUUGCCGGGUUUUGUUUGGUUUUGUUUUGUUUUAUUCAGCAGAGAGAGUUGAAGCCAGCUCUUGGCUACUCUCCAUUUCCAACGCUCUCGCGUUGCCCCUUGUUCUUCUCACUGUUUGUGAACUUUGGUUACCUUCGCCCCCCCCACCUGACCCCAACAUUGGUGUACCAUCUAUUUGGUUCUUUUACCAAAGCAAAAAUGAUUGGCUUCAUACAAAAUAAAGCAUUCUCUGCUUUCAGGAAACGUGCAUGGUCUACCCGCUUUAUCCAAGGCAAAAAUCCGGUUUGGAAUACAAAAAAAAUGAGUCAAGCAUUGGUUUUUGUUACCAGCCACAAAGUAAACUUCAUUUUCAGGCAGUGUUUCUGGGGGAGGUUGUGGAGGGGAGAAAAAGAAAAAUCGAUAGUGAGUGACUGAUUGCUUCAUUUUAUCAGGCGGGCCCAUUGUGAAAGAGCUCAGAGGAAGUGUGGAGGUUAAAUAUAUUUCCAGAGUUGUCCAACAGAAAGUGGCACUUUGAAGAGAACUAGGGAAAUAUAUAUCUUCAGAAACCCCUGUAUAGUUCUCUGCCUUCGGUUUUAAUAACUUAAUUAUGAGGAAUUAUUUGUGCUGACAGCAGCAGUUAAACUUUGUUCCUCUAAUAGCUUUUUUUUUUUUUUUAGCAUAAAGAAAAUAAUCUGGGAACUUAAUGGUGUAUGCAUAGACUGUUUCUUACCACACAAAUACCCACAUGAAUAAGAGAAUAUCUCCACUCUAGACUGGUUUUGUCUUCACUAGCUCAUUUGUUUAUCAAAUCACAUUUAGGGUCCCACACCCUCUUCUCAUAAUUUAUUACAGAAAAUACCAGUUUGACCUGGACAGCUUUUCCCCUCUCUUUCACUAAGGAAGCCAAAUGAACUGGGAAAAAAUGCUAUUUUCUAUCCUUCCUUUUCUCCCUUUGUUAAUAGUUUUAAGUGCGUUUUUUUACCUUACCUUGAUGGAAAAUGGUUAACUUCCAUAACAAAAGACUCUACUGGGAAGUGUAGGUGAAAAAACUUCUAACUGUAUUGAAAAUAAAUACCAUUAAACUGUGAUCAGUUAAAAUAUUUAAAAAUAAUCAGCACAAAAGGGCGCUCAAAGGGAAAACACUUUUUAUUAAUCUUAAAAGUUUGGGGCUUUUUUUUUCUGGUUAAGUAUUAGGCAAAUUUUUAUUUAAAAAAAUAAAUUCUCAGUACCAUAAAAUUAUGAUUCAGCAUCAAGAUUAGCACUGCACUCAGUAGUUAAGGUUUUAGGAAAUAUGCUUUAUAUUGUCUUUUCAAACACCUGUGAUUGUUUCAUUUUCAAUGUUUUUGCAAGAUAAAUGAUGACUUAUAAUGGGCAUAUUUAUUUGCCUGUAUUUCAUUUCCCCCAACGAAUGUCACAAGGAGAUGGGCACGGAGUUGCUGCUUCGGGGUGCGUCACGCUGCUUGUUCCUGAGGUGUGGGGACUGGCCUUUAGUGAAGCAAUCCAGAGCGGGGCAAAUAGCCAAUGGUAAAGGGAGGAAAUGAAUUUUCAGAUUCUUAUUACCAAGUGAGUAAGGUCAGAUGCUGGAGUUCAGGGGACCUGUCCAUAGCUCCUCUGACUCUCAUAGGUUUACUAAGACGAAAGUUACCACUGAACCUUACCACUAUGUAUAUAUGUUUAAUAUCUGUCUUUUGAAAUGCAGAAAUAGUUUAAAUGUUUCUUUGUCUAUUUUUCUUUUUUUUAAUGCUACCCAGGGAAAUAUUUUCAUAUCAUUUUUAAGUGGCCUGCCUCAAUGUAUAUUUAUUUCUUUCAAAGCAAAAAGGUUCUGGAAACUGUUUUUCUGUAGCUUUAAAUGAGUAGAUGAGCAAAAUCUAUAUGGGAUGUAAUUUUUUUUUUUUUGUUCAGUCUCUUUAAGAAUACUUUGUUUUGGUACAUUUGGUUGUGCUUGUGGGGAAAAUAAAAACGCAGAGAUCCUUAUAUAUUUAUGUUAAAGUAAUAUUUUAUUAUCUACAUAAAACAGAAAUGCACAAUACCUUCAUAGUUUGUUCUAAUUAUUGAAAUAUCUUUAUUUUAUUUUUAAAGAUAGUGCCAAGUUUUAAGGGGGG